AUGGCAACACACAGAGGAUUCCUGCUGCAGCUUGGAUUUCUGGGAUUCACCUUUCUCAUAAUGUUGUCAUUUUACCAAUGGAACAUAUCACAAGAAAAGCAAGCAGAGAGGAUGCAUCAGCUACAGGAACUGAGAAAGCAGCUGCUAAGAGAAAUGUGUGAUGGUGACAAAGAGGCAUUCUCUGAGGGGAAGCACAGUUUAGACGACUUAACUGAUGAAGAACUGAAGAACUUCAUUGUGGAUGACAAUCACGGCAUCAUCUACUGUUACAUUCCCAAGGUGGCUUGUACCAACUGGAAGAGGGUUAUGUUUGUCCUGAACCAGAGCGAGCCAUAUCUUGACCCCAUGUCCAUAUCUCCUGACUUGGUCCACAUGCCCGACAAGCUUAGUCUCCUAAGCAGCUUCCCAAGAACAGAGAUGAAGGUGAAGCUGAAGCACUACACCAAGUUCAUGUUUGUCCGGGACCCGUUUGUCCGUCUUAUCUCAGCCUACCGAGACAAGUUCCAGCGGUACAAUGAGUACUACUACCAAAAUUUUGCCAGGGACAUUCUGCGUCUGUAUGGCAACCAGCCUGAUACACCGGAGACAGUGGAGGAGGCCUUCACAUCAAACAUACGCCCCUCCUUCUACAACUUUAUUCAAUACCUGCUGGACCCGCAGACAGAGAUAGAGGAGCCCUUUGAACCCCACUGGAGGCAGAUGCACCGCCUGUGCCACCCCUGCCUCAUACAGUAUGAUUUUGUUGGCCAUCAGGAGACUCUUCAGGAGGAUGCUGAACAGCUGCUGAAGAUCUUGAAACUGGAGGAUGACAUUAAGUUUCCUCCUUCCUAUGAAAACAUGACUUCCCCUUUUUCAGUGUUGGACUGGUUUGGAACAGUGCCCCUAGAGGAGAAGAGGAAACUGUACAAACUCUAUGAGGAGGACUUCAGGCUGUUUGGCUACAGAAAACCCCACAAAUUGCUUGAUGGUUAAGAUGUUACAGUUUGGACUUCCCUACCAGUGAGCAUAGUAACAACAAUAUUUAGACCUGAGCCAAGAGCAAUCACUAGGAUUUUAUGCAGAUAAAUCAUGACAAGCAGCAGCGUGGUUACAUAAUAGUUUUCACUUGUUUAGCUAUAAGCACGAAAUAAAUGGGGAUGGACAAAAUUUUUGAUUUCAUGCUUGAGGUUUUUAUCACAUGUUAACAUGUUUACAGACCCUGCACAUGUCUGUAUUUCCCUAAAUGAGCUUUUUCUCUUCUUUUUUCAAAUAAAGAAAAUAAAAUCAUCAUCCAAGUCCCACUAUAACCCAUCAUAUCUGUGUUGUUUCACCUUUGACUGUAAAAUGCUUCCACAAAAUUUUUAAAAAAAUGAAAAACAUUACAUGAUGUUGACCAAUGUUUUUUAUCUAAAUGUUCGUGUUUGUUUUCCUUGUUAUUGUUCUCCAAACAUAUAUGGCUCUGUCCUGCAGCUGCAUAUAGCUCAACUCCUACUACAUCAUGAUACAUGACCAACAGGGCAGGUCUGACCUAUUAUCGCUGACCAGACCGCUAUACUCAAUGAUAUGGCCUGUCAGAGUUAGGUAAAUAUCAAAGCCAAACUAGGACUUGACAGUAUGCUACAAUGCCUUGCAGUUUGCCUCAGUGAUUUACAUUCGUACUAGUCAUCUAGCCUUUAUUUUUAGCUAGCACACACACGUCUUGACAACAAUUAAGCUAGAGAAGCUGUAACAUUUGCUAUCACUCACCAAUACCGCAGCUCCAUCUGUUUUUUUUACCCCUUCACAAGGAUUAUUUGUUACUAAACUAAUGGUUUUAUCUCCAAAUUAAUGUAGGAUGUCUCAACAGAUAUAUUGCUGGCUAACGUUAGCUAAGCAAAGCGCAAAUGCUAACUUACUUCAUUGACAAACAAAGUACCAAGUACUGGUACCAAAGUACCAAGUUCUGGUAAGUAACUGGUGAUAAAGGUCCAGAUUUUUAGAGGCAUAUAAAAUCUGGCAAUUAGCACCACUUCCUAACAAUAAUAGGAAACAUUAUUGAGAGAGCUGGCUAAUGUUAGCCCUCCUGAAUAGCCAUCCUGAAAGGCUUCCACCUGCGUUCCUUUCCAGGUUUUUCAAAUGGAAACAUCCACUCAGCUGUUAGCAAAAAGCAGUGCUGUGGGUUACAAAUCACUCCAGCCCCACACACCACACACACACACACACACACACACACACACACACACACACAGUUCACUGACAGUGUCUUCCUAACAUACUUGCUCACUGUAAGUUAGAAGUUGGGUCUAUGUCAAAUCUGUGAUUGUGGCCUGUGCAGAGUGAGGCAUUCAGGUGGUAGUAGUGGUAUGUGGAAAUAUCAUCCUCCCAAAGUAGUGUGAGACCACAGCUUGGUUUAUCGACCUUGUCAAUGACUGGUUUGAUUUGAUAACAUCAAGAGGAUAUCUUUAUGGUCAGUAAACGUUGAGCAUGGAAAAUAGAUCUAAUCCUAAAACAGUGACCAACUACAGCCACUUACCACUUACAGCCACUUACAGCCCUACAACAUUUGUACACAGACUCCAUCUCUGCAGAUGCAAAUGAGAACCUUCACUCAUAGCUGCAUGCACUUACCAUGCACCCAACUGCAAAAGAUUGUCACGUCUGAAGAAUAUUGCCUGUAGUCAGUUUGAUGGCAAUGGCCACAGGCACAGUCAACCUUUGUUGACUACACCAACACUUCCACACCUGGCUAAAGAGGAACCUGUGGAAAUCCUGGAACCUCCCAAAGAGGAGAGAGAGUCUCUGCCACUCCUAAAACCAUAGGUUCUGUACUACCUCACAGGGUGGGCUGUAUUUAAGGAGUUGAAAACUUGUACAUCCAUCAGAAAAUGUCCACACACACCAUCUACGGCUCCACCAGCUAAUGGAGGAAAAUAAAGCAAAACUUUUUUCAGCUGAAAAUCAUGUGGGCCUCCUCAUGGAGACAAUGGAUGUCUACACAGACUGGUACCCUCCAUGCCAUGGCAUCAGAAGACAGAUCAUUUGAAGGCUGACCACACUUAAUCUGAGCCAAGCUUCCCUGAAGAGCCAAGCUGAAAGCAGAGAAAUACAGUAUGAAAGCAGAUCAGCCAUGAGAGUAACAGCCAUCCAUAAACUUCAACAAACAAAUCUGUUACGUUGGAUAUCAACAAUCUCAAUUAACUACUCCGGUCAUUUAUGCUAUUGUUAUUGUUAAUUUAAUGUCCAGCUACCUUUUUUAAAUCAAUAAAUACAUUUGUAAGUAAUUGCGAUGUGUUUUCAUAAGGUUG